AUGAAGAGAAUAAACCCCGCUAAUGGAACAUCCAUCCAAGUUUUGUUCUAUGAUAUUUUAAUCCACAUUUUCAUGAAACUUAAUGUUGUUGAACUUUCAAUUGCUUCUAUGGUGUGCAAAUCAUGGAACCAAAUUUGUCGUGACCCUUUACUAUGGGCUAAGAUUGAUCUAUCUCGAUUAAACCCUAAUAUUUUUAGUAAUAUACCUUUAUUGCCAGGAACUUGGAGGGAAGAUACAAAUUCAAGAUAUAAAUUGAUGAAAUUCUUGGAUUAUGCUCUAAGUUUGAGCAAUUAUAAUACAAAUUGCUUAAAACUCAACUUCUUUGCAUAUUUGUCGGAUGCACAAUUAACCUAUGUAGCUGAAAGGACACCAAAUUUAAAGCAGUUAGUACUUCCUUUUAAUGUAAACUUAUCCACAUCUGGAAUAGAAAGUGCGAUGAAAACAUGGAGAGGCCUUGAAUCCAUAACUAUUACCUCAAGGAUUACAUCAAGUCGCAUUUUUUUCGCCAUUAGUAAUAAUUGCAAGAACAUCUCUAAACUAAAAUUCACUUGCAACUUUGAAAUAUGUCAUGCAGAUCUCAUGGUUAUAUACACCCCAAAUUUGAAGUUCUUAAGUGUUCGUAAUAUUAUGGUGAACCUUAAAGCUCUAUGCAAAAUACUCAAUAGCUUAGAAAAGUUGGAGGUGAUGGAUUGCCCUAGUGUGGAAUGGUAUAAUCUGGUGUUCCACAAUAAAGCUAGGCCUAGAGCGGUGUUCAUGCUUUGGAUGCUUUGUCAUGGGAAAUUUCCUACACGCAUGAGACUGCAUCGUUGGGGUAUGGUACAAACGAAUGACUGUGGUUUUUGUGACAAAGAUGAGACCAUUCAUCAUUUAUUCUUUGAGUGUGUUAUUCUGAAACGGAUAUGGCAAAGAGUCCAAAACUGGCUGCGGUUUCAGCAUGAGCCUGGCAGUCAGACACAUGAGAUGAACUGGUUUUUGCUGCACUAUCGGGAUAAAGGCUGA